CAAACCAAGUGCUCCGCGAUUGAAAACCGAAUGUGUUUUGCUUGCUUCAACAAUGGCGGAAAUCUCAGAACCUCCGAUUGCCGCCGAACGAAAAUCUGAAGUACCUGAAACUCCCGAAAUAUCACCAGGAGAUCCCCUAUCGGAUUUCGACCCCAAAACCAUGCGAACUACAAAACCCGGAUUGAAGCGCAUCUUCCUCACUCUCUCAGUCCUCCUCUCCUUCCUUCUAGGUUUCCCUUUCUUGUGGAAAUCAGUUGAAAUCUACCGAUCACCGCUUCCAUUUGACGAUAUGGAGAAACUUUCAAAGGAAAUUGAAUCCAAUCCCUUGCAAUUUCCAUGCCAUUUCCAAGCCAUAUUCAUCAAUUCUAAUUCUAAUGUCAAUCCACAGUACUUGCAUUCUUCAAUCCUUUCCCAAAUGACCAAACUGAGACCUCAGACUUUUCAAUGUGGUACUUGUUCUAGUAAUUUCAGUCUCUCUGUGACUGUAGAAUCCUCCACUGAUAGAGAUUGCAAGCAAUCUCUCCAUGUUAAUCCUUCUUGCUUGUACAAAUGUGGCGUAAUUCCUGUCAUUAAUUUUGAUUUUGGAGAUGAUGAUGGUGUUGAUGAGGCUUUGAAGUCUGUUUUGGAAGAUAGUUGUUCAGGUUUUGGCGGGAAAGUGUAUAGCGUUGUGGUGUUAUAUCAGGAUGACGUCAAAGGGGUAAGGGCGGCAGUAGGGAAGCACAGGCAUGCGUGGAUUGUGGGGAGGGACUUAGAAGCAGAGGCAACGGUGGAGAGAGUGGCGGAAAUAUUUGUGAAGGUUUUUGCUAAUGGGGGCAGAGACGAGGGAUCCAUUCAUGGGGAGUUUAUGCCCGUUGGCGCUGAUGGAAGGAUUGUUCUAUCCUUUAAUUUGCUUAAUGCAAACCCGGGAGAUUGGAUUUAUGAUUGGGAUUUCCAGAGAAUAGAUGAGAUUUUGUUGGCCCCAGUGAUUGAAGCAUUGGAACCCCUGGCAAAUAUAAGUGUGGAAAGUCAGGUUUUGUACCACACACCAAAGUCCUCAUUUUCUUCCUGGGAUGAAAAAUUGGGCAGCUAUAUCUUCAGUGUGAAGGAUCUUCCUUUCUUUGUGAACUCAAACGAGUGGCAUUUAGAUACUUCUAUUGCAGCCGGUGGGCGAUCGAAGAUAUUGCAAUUUGUGGUAUACGUACCAUCUGCAAAGGAAUGUCCUCUUCUUCUACAGCUUCCCACUGGAAAAAUUUCUGCAACAAAUAGCUUUAUCUCUCCAAUGUGGGGAGGUGUUAUGGUGUGGGAUCCACCAACCUGUUUAAAAGAUUCAGAAAGUAAACUUCCUGGGAGACAUAUAAUAUCCACUGAGGAUCUUGAGAAGAUUUUUGAAGUUUUCAUGGGGCAGUUCCGGCAACUUUUUGGUCUUAAAUCUGGUAGUAUUUUUGUUGGUGCGCAUGGCAGUUGCAACCUCUUAGCUAGUGAAAGAGGCUUCACAGAAUGGGAAUUGGAUGUCCUUUUGCGGCAGCAUACUUGUUUUAAUCUUCAUUCAAGUGCUACGACUCUUGGAUCUUUGUCUAGAUUGGUUCAAUCAUUACCAAGGAUGAUUAUCAUAGAAGAGAUAGGAAAGCAGGUGAAGUUCUCUCUUGAAUCAGCAAAAUUAGCUCAACUCAAUGCCACUCUUGGAGUUUAUGAUGCUUCAGCUGUGUCCUCAAGGCAGGCACGAUCUUUGGCAGAGGAUGCCUUUUUCCAUCCAUCCAUUAUGUCUGUCAGCUACUACUCCUUUGAGCAUUGUUUUGCUGUCUACUCGCCUUUCUUCCUUCCAGUUUCAAUUCAUGUCCUUCUUGCUGCUUUAAGAGAAUUGAAGAGAUACAAGCAAGAAAAUGCCAAGUACUUGCUAUGGAAGGCUAAUGCAAAGGUAGCAUCUUAAGUCAUUACGUAGUUUGACAUGAAGAAUGCUCCAGUAAUCAGAGAAGUAGCUAAAUGACACACGAAGGAAUUUAGUCAUCAAGGGGACUUGGCUUUGCUAGUUUGUGUACACCAUCGGAUGUUGUUUCUCAUCGCACUUAAAAUUUCUUGGACUAAAAAUGGUGCCUGUUCAUUAUAUCUAUAGGAUUCGUUCUCAAGUUUUGAUUGAUAAAGUAUUGUAUUGCUGUAUGUGUUUUUGGUUGAUCGUCCGCUUUCCCUUUUUUUUAGACA